CUCCCCCAGCCUGUUUCCCUCCGUUCCUGUCACUUGUGACAGGAUGAGAAGAAACGCCUUUACCAGGAACUCGGUUCUGUUUUUGUCUCAAUGUAGAUCUUGGGCUAUUAAAAAGGGAGCUGCCCGAUUGCUUCGACAUUUAAUAAGUCAAUUAGAGUCCAUCCGUUUUGGAGGGAUCCGCUCUCGGGACCCCGAGGGGUCUGCCCCGCCCGAGCUCAGUCCCCAGGUUCGGGUCCCCAAGCCCGGGUCCCCGCAGCGGGGUGGCCAGGAGGCAGGAGCUUGGCGAGCGGGGCGGGCUUGCACCGCCUCCCCAGACCCCCGCGACAGGACCAGUGAAGGUCCCUCCCCCGCAGGGCCCGCGCCGCCUGCGCGCUCCUCUGCGCUGGACCCUCGGCCGGCGGGUACCUCGCGCCCCGGCGGGGAAAGCCCGCAGGAGGACACUUGCCUCCCGGGCUCGUCUUUAAGAAAGUUUGGCUCUUUGGCUGAAGCCCGGCACAUCUGUGAAAGUUCAGCAAUUUGCCUCUUUUGUUUUAUUCUUGUAAAAUGUAUUAUCCAUCAGUUGCGCACUUUCCCAUUCAAUUGGUGCUUUCUGGGCAAGAGCUGGACGUCUUCCAAGUCCGCGAUCUGGUUGGGAAAGGUGUUCUGAGUACAAUCAGGGAGGCGGAGUGGGCGAGAAUUAAAGGCCUGCACCAGGAUCGCGGCCGUCGCAGGACCGCGGCGGGAAGAUGCUGGCCCAGGCGCACGUGCGCGCGGGCGGUGCGGGCUGGAGGCUGCGCGCCCCGGUCCCCUGAGCUCUCGGCGAGGCCCCGUCUACGCCCAUCUCCGCGUCCUUUCUCUCUCCCUGCACCGGGUCUGUUUCCUUAGGAGGAGAAAGUGUCCGGCAGAACUGGGCAAGGAGGCAGCGUGGAGAGGGAAGAUACGAAACGUGCCUGUUCAGGACCCCGCCCCACGCCGUUGGGAUGUGCGUUCUCUCCGCUCCCUGUAAAAACAGAUGGUUGGAUUUCACAGCGAGGCUUUUCUUCUGUUUCUUUUUGCAAGCAACAUGACUGAAAUGUGAACAUUUCUGCUAAAAUACACUCAGAAAAAAAGUAAAAUUUUAUGUCAAACAGACCUUAGGCACUUGAAAGGAGGCAUUUUUCCUUUCUCCCUUUCCCUUUAGACACUUGAGUUCCUCUGGCGAGAGCGACGCCUGGCGAUGGAACCGGCCCUUCCCGGCCCUGCUCCCUGUCCUGCUCGCAGGGCCCACCUCGCAGCUGGUGGACACCGCAGUUCGCAGAAAAAUAGAACCAUGAGAAGAUUUCACUGUUGUAAAAUAGCAUGGUUUUUUAUUGGGACAAAUGGAUUCCUUGAACGAGCCCUUUCUACCAUCCAAGUGUGGGCCAAGACUUUAGCCCAGCUCAGCAGAGGUUUGGUGGAUAAUCAACAGCAGCAGAGCUGAUGCUUGGUUGGUCUUUGGAUUAAUGAGAUCUUACAAUUAAGAGUCAGGCAAUUUAUGUGUUCAUUUGUUUUUACAAAGUUCCGUGCUAAAAUUAUCUAGGUGCUGCUCAUUUUAUAUUACAGAAACAAAUUUUACAGAUUUUAACAAACUUAGAGUGUACCACUGAUUUGUUCAUCUUUAUUGAACUUUUAAGUUAAUGGUAUUGUCAAGAUGAACCCCUUGGAAUUCUCCAGUCACCAGAAAUACGUGUGCAGUCAUCCCUUGGUAUAGCGUGAGACUAGUUCCAGCAGAUACCGAAAUCCAGGCACAUUCACGUCCCACGAUGGGGCCUGUGGAACACGCAAAUACGGAAAGUUGCCCUCCCUCUGCGUGCGUUUCGCAUCCUCCAGCUGCUGUGUUUUCGACCCACGUUUGAAAAAACAAUCUGUAAGUGGACCCCUUCAAACCCGUGUUGUUCAAGAAUCAACUGUGUUGUGUCAGUACAGUCUGAUCUGCUAAAUCCAUUGGCUAUGCCGGUUAGUGCAAAGUAAAGCACCCCAGUGCAGAUGAACAUAUGAAGCUGUAUUUAACAAAUCACUUAGUCUCUCCUCUACUUUUUGUGUAAAAUGAGGUGAUUGGGCUAGUUGGUCUCCAAACUCUAAAAUUACAUAAUACUAAGAUUAUUACCAAAACAAGUCUUAAAACAAGAUGCCGUGUUCCCUACAAAAAGCUGAAGAUAAUUCACUUGAGAUCAUCACUAUGAGUUUCACCAUCUAUUUGCAGACAAGAAGAGGUGAUAUAUUUAUAUAAAAUCAUUUAAUUCCUUCCUUUAGAACGUGAACAACAUUCUACUGUCAAGGGUCCAGGAAGCCAAAAAGAAAAGAGGCAAAAUUAGCAACAAACUAUAUUCUAGAAUUACUGGAAAAAAAUUUUUUUCUAGAUUUGAUUUAGUUGGUUAUCUUUUUGAGAAAACUGUGUUGGAUCAUAGGAAGAAAA